AUUACUAGCAAUGAUCGCUUUCAAUAACUGUAAAUCCAACGAAACGGGAUUAUUAGUUUGCAAAACAACGCCAAAUAUCGAUUCAUAAGAUGUUGUAAACUGUUCCUUUAUUGAAUAAUAUUGCAUUUGGUUGCAGAUUAAGAUGAUGACUGGUGCGAGGAACGUAUGCCGGACUUGUAUGGAUGAGACCGCCACCCUGGUAGAUAUAUUCGCCAAUGUGCGGGAUCCUGUGCUCGACGAGCCGGAGAUGAGCCUCUCGCACAUCGUGGCCAGGUGCACCGAUCGUCCAGUGAAACGCGGCGACCUCCUGCCGCAGUACAUCUGCCUGUCUUGCGUCCUGGCCGUCCAGAAUGCUUUUCGGUUCAAGUGGAAUAGCGAGCAGAGCUACCAGCACUUCUUCCGGCUCCUUAACCAGUCGAGUAGUCCGGAAGACCAAUUGCAUUCAAUUGCUUGUAAUCAGGAUAAGAAUCAAACCCAGAAAAUGCAGCUCAAAAGCGAUCGCCAAGAGGACUUGCAGCAAAUGUCAAAAAGGCAGCAACCUGAACAUGAUCUAGGUGAAAAACAUACACUUCAAACAAAGCUCGAAGAGAACCAUAAAGAUAGCCCGCCGGAGACAUUCACUCCGCAUCGUCGCAGGCGGACUUGUCGCACAGAAGAACAUAGAGACAGGAUCCCAAAGGAAGCUCCAAGAAGUACCAACAUUAUUAAUCCACAGGUGCGUUGCGAUGCCAAUGGCUACUACAAGUGCCCGCACUGCUCUAAGAGGUUUUAUUCUCAGACCCAGCUAAGAACCCACAUCAGUGAUCUGUGCAACAGGUGCCCCUAUUGCCCACGCUCUUAUAAGCAAAAAUCUAACCUAAAGCGACACUUACGAACCCACGUAGCCAAGCCAGCGCACAAGUGUUUCCACUGCUCGAAGGCUUUCAUGCGAAAAGAUCACCUCAAAAAGCACCUCAGCAUCCACGACAGUGACGGUCCGCUCUCCUGCAGCCAGUGCUCAGCGGUAUUCAUUGAGUCUGUUCAGCUGGAAAUCCAUCGCAGAGAGCAUCUCCUACAGGCAGGCUCUUUAAAAUCCGAGUCCACAAAGGAACCUGACUCGGAGGUCGGUGAUGAAGCACACGAUCCGAAAUCAAACUGCACAGAGAACAGUCCAACUAUGCUUAAUCCAAUUAGCGAUUUCAGCUGCGAUAGCUAUUUUGCCAAAGAAAAUAUUCAAAAUAUUUUUAAACAACAAGUAUUGCGCGACGGGGAGCUCAAAAAACGGGGUGAUGUCCUUCCUGGUACCGCUAAAGAUGGAGCUGACAUCAAAGAGAACGAAAUCCAGAUUUUGGAUCGUUUUCGUAGCCCACCAGCCGAGAAACCAAAAUGCCAUCUUUGCCUAAAGAAGUUCUGUAGUAUUUACAACCUGAAACGCCAUAUGCUCACUCACAAUCGCCCUCCAGAUCUUAGGAAAUGUUCCUAUUGCUUUGAAGAGUUCCACACAGAAAAACAUCUGAAAAGGCACGAGCGUGGUCACUCUGGAGAACUGUUUCGUUGCGAAUAUUGCUCAUUAGUAUUUGUAGAUGUUGACUACUUGCGAAAGCACAAAAAACGCAUUCACAGCAACAACUUAAUAACUAUUCAAGAGAAGAUCUUGUCCAAACGGAUGGCUAGAUGAAUCAAUGAAGCAGGUUAAUAUAAAAGGAAUAUAAACGAUUUAUUUUUAUGCAUAGGACCGAAGGCCUACGCUUCUGUUUUUGAUGCUUACGUUGGAUUUUCUUAAUACAGCUAUCGUUCUAUUAUAAUUCAUUUCACUUGAAAUAUUAUGCUUUUGACAGA